GCUGUUCACAGGCACGUGCUGCGUGACAGCCAGCGGCGCGUUCAUCAAUGAUGGCGGCGGACCCAGCGCGAGCGUGGAGCGACGAGCAGCUGAAGAGCGAAGACCUGCCCAAAAGAGAUCUGAUCACAUUCAUCCAGGAGAACGCAGCGCACUCGUUUCUAUCUGAACACAAACUUCUUGGAAAUAUCAAGAAUGUGGCAAAAACAGCCAAGAAAGAGCAGCUCAUUGAGGCGUAUAACCAGCUGUUUGAGAGCAAGAGGUUUAAGGGCACAGACGUGGAUGCUGUGACUGAACAGGUUCAAGCUGCUAAAAUCAGCGACGCUCCCAAAGAAACCAAGAUGGAGCCGGUGGACGAGGGGCCUCCGAAGUUCACAAAGACCAUCCUGAAGAAAGGAGACAAGGCCAACUUCCCCAGGAAGGGAGACACUGUGAGCUGCUGGUACACUGGGACGCUGGAGGACGGGACUGUGUUCGACAGCAACAUCCCUGCGACUGCAAAGAAGAAGAAGCAGAGCAAACCGCUGAGCUUCAAGGUCGGGAUGGGCCGAGUGAUCCGAGGGUGGGAUGAAGGGCUGCUGAGGAUGAGUAUGGUGGGUUGUAGUAAAGUGUGUGAGUUGUGUGCGUAGUGGGAUGAAGGGCUGCUGAGGAUGAGUAUGGUGUGUUGUAGUAAAGUGUGAGUUGUGUGCGCAGUGGGAUGAGGGGCUGCUGAGGAUGAGUAUGGUGUGUUGUAGUAAAGUGUGAGUUGUGUGCGCAGUGGGAUGAGGGGCUGCUGAGGAUGAGUAUGGUGUGUUGUAGUAAAGUGUGAGUUGUGUGCGCAGUGGGAUGAGGGGCUGCUGAGGAUGAGUAUGGUGUGUUGUAGUAAAGUGUGAGUUGUGUGCGCAGUGGGAUGAGGGGCUGCUGAGGAUGAGUAUGGUGUGUUGUAGUAAAGUGUGAGUUGUGUGCGCAGUGGGAUGAGGGGCUGCUGAGGAUGAGUAUGGUGUGUUGUAGUAAAGUGUGAGUUGUGUGCGCAGUGGGAUGAGGGGCUGCUGAGGAUGAGUAAAGGCGAGACGGCGCGGCUGGAGAUCGAGGCUGAAUG